AUGAACCCAUCUUUGAGUGCGGUACGGGGGAAUGCUUUUCCCUUGCCUUCGCCACGAAUCCUCCAGCUUAAGUGGGGCUCUCUUAUAGUGGAGAAGGUUGAUAAGGAGACAGGGUGCCGUAAAACCUCAGAGACAAUCAAAUACAAGGAUGCAAAACUUUGGCCUGGCGGUAGUCAGUCUUGGGAUUGGAAGAAACACGGAACCAGUCAUCGCCGAGGCAUAACGCUUGAAGACGUCAUCGAUGUCUACGGCUCGGGAGCGCAAACUAUUGUUCUCAGUAUGGGCAAAAUGUCAUGGCUUCAUGUACCCCACUUCGUCAUAAACGAAGUUGAAAAUGAUGGUCACACUGUGAUCGUUAAACCGACGCAAGUUGCUAUGGAGAUUUACAAUAAACUGGCGGAGUGUGGACACCCUGUUGCGGGGCUUUUCCAUACAACCUGUUAG